AUGGCGAGCGUCAACAUGGGGCCGAGACCGCUGCCGCGUCCGCUGCUGCUGCUGCUGCUGGGGCUCGCGUGGGUCCUCAUGGCCGCCCUCGCGCCCGGCGUCCGAGGUCUGAACGGCCACGAGGACCAGGACACCGAGUGCAAGAUGAAGAGCGUCACCGUGUCGGCGCUGCCGUUUCUGCGGGAGAACGACCUGAGCAUCAUGCACAGUCCGUCGGCCUCCGAGCCCAAGCUGCUGUUCUCCGUGCGGAACGAUUUCCCCGGCGACGUCCUGGUGGUGGACGACCUGGAGAACACAGAGCUCCCGUUCUUCGUCCUCGAGAUCUCUGGUAAUUCCGAGGACAUCCCCCUGGUGCGCUGGAAGCAGCAGUGGCUGGAGAACGGCACACUGCUCUUCCACAUCCACCACCAGGACGGCGGCCUGGGCCCCCCGGAGCCCACCGGACACCCGGCCACCGACUCGGCCAAGGAGGAGCUCCGCAUCCUGCACAUCUCCGUCAUGGGCGGGAUGAUCGCCCUUCUGCUGUCCAUCCUGUUCUUGGUCCUGAUCCUCUACACCCGCCGCCGCUGGUGUAAGCGCCGCCGCAUCCCCCAGCCGCAGAAGAGCGCCAGCGCCGAGGCGGCGAACGAGAUCCACUACAUCCCCUCGGUGCUGAUGGGAGGCCAGGCCCGAGAGAGCUUGAGGAACUCUAGGGGUCAGGGGCCCAACUCCAGCGGCACCCUCAGCAUCCGGGAGACAACGAUUUUGGACGGGUACGAGUAUGACAUAACGGACCUGCGCCACCACCUGCAGCGGGAGUGUAUGAAUGGGGGCGAGGAGUUCGCCAGCCAGGUCACCAGAACCCUGGACUCCCUCCAGGGCUGUAAUGACAAGAAUAGUAUGGACCUCACGCCUGUGAGCGACAACACCAAGCUGGCCCUGAUGAACAAGUACAAGGACAACAUCAUCGCCACGAAUCCCAUCGACAGCAACCACCAGCAGAACACGCUGCUGCCGCACAACACCUCCACCAGCCAGCGCAAGCGCCUCUCCAACAACACCCGCGCGGGUUCAACAUUCUUGAACCCAGACGGGGACUCUGGAACGGAGGCCGACAGCGAGCCUCAGCUGGCCUUUUACACCGACCCCAACCGCAGCCGGCGCCGGAGUCGAGGUUCCCCGCGGAGCCCCAUCAAUAAGACCACCCUGACGUUGAUCAGCGUCAUCAGCUGCGUGAUCGGCCUGGUCUACUCCUCACACAUGUCCUGCAGCAUCGCGGUGCGCGUGAUCCUGCACGUGCCGGAGCACCUCAUCGCCGACGGAUCCAGGUUCAUCUUGCUGCAGGGGAGCCAGCUGGACGCCUCGGACUGGCUGAACCCGGCGCAGAUCUUGUUGUACUACCAGCAGAAUUCCAGCGGGCCGUGGCUCGGCGAGCUGUGCGGACGGCGCCUCCUGGACCCCUGCGAGCACCAGUGUGACCAGGAGACAGGACAAUGCCUUUGCCUCGACGGCUACAUGAAGGACCCGGUCCACAAGCACCUCUGCAUCCGCAGUGAGUGGGGGCCCAAUCAGGGUCCCUGGCCUUACACCAUCUUCCAGCGCGGGUUUGAUCUGGUGAUGGGAGAACAGCCCUCUGAUCGCAUUUUCAGAUUCACAUACACCUUAGGAGAAGGGAUGUGGCUGCCGUUGAGCAAGAGCUUCGUCAUCCCGCCCGCCGAGCUCGCCAUCAACCCCUCGGCCAAGUGCAAGACGGACAUGACGGUCAUGGAGGACGCGGUGGACGUACGAGAGGAGCUGAUGAUCAGCUCGUCCUUCGAAUCGUUGGAGGUCCUCCUGGACUCGUUCGGGCCCGUCAGGGACUGCACCAAAGACAACGGAGGCUGCAGCCGCAACUUCCGCUGCAUUUCGGACCGAAAGCUGGACUCCACCGGAUGCAUGUGCCCUCCGGGUUUGAGCCCCAUGAAGGAUGGGACUGGGUGCUACGACCACCACAUCGGCAUCGACUGCUCCGACGGUUUCAACGGCGGGUGCGAGCAGCUGUGCCUCCAGCAGCUGGCGCCUCUAGAGGAUGACCCGACGCUCUACAACAUCCAGAUGUUCUGCGGGUGCAUCGAGGACUACAAGCGCGGUCCAGACGGGAGGUCGUGCUUGCCGCUGUCCGAGGCCUGCACCGAGGGCAUCGACUGCGCCGAGGCGACGGACAUCCCCGCUAACCAGACGGUGUUCGGAGACCUGUUCUACGGAUUCAACAACCACACCAAAGAGAGCACCUCCGGACAGAUUCUCAGGGCCACGUUCAGGCAGAAGAACUACGCCCGCGGCAUCGAGCAGCAGCUCCCGGACGGCAUGGUGGUGGCGUCGGUGCCAACGGAGGUCCAGUGCCACGAGGAGCUGUCAGACCCCGUCCCCGACCCAGAGUACCUCACAGGUAUGGUGAACUACAGCGAGGUGUCCGGCUACCCGCUGGUUCAGCACUGGAGCCUCCGCUCGGUGCUCUACCACGUCAAACUCAAUCAGUGGGUCCUCUCUCAAGCCUUCAGCUUGGCCAUCCAUUCUCUGGACGGUGCGACGCAGCGUGGCGACUUUGUCUCCAUCCUCAGGGAGUUUGGCAACCACUACGUGCAGGAGGCGAUGUACGGCUUCCAGGAGUCCUGUACCAUCUGGUACCCCAACAAACAGGUCCAGAGACAGCUGUGGCUGGAGUACCAGGACAUUAGCAAAGGAAACUCGCCCUCAGAGGAGUCGGAGGAGCGCGACAAGGAGCCCCGGACGCUGACCUACCCCGCGUACAUCGCCAGCCUGCUGGACACGGGCUCCAAGCGCAUGGCGGCCGGCGUCCGCAUGGACUGCAACAGCCAGGGCCAGUGCCCACGCUCCUGCCACCUCUGCCACAUGAGCCCCAGGGUGGUGCAGGGGCGGCAGCGGUCCGAGCCCGUCCUGCUGCAGAUCACCAAAUCCGCGCCAAUAUACGAGCUGGUGUCCAACAACGAGACCUACCAGGCUUUGCAGGAGGCGAUGAUGAGCAUGCUGUGGUGUUCGUGCAAAGGCGCCGUCAUCGACGACUGGUGCCGGUGCGACUCCAGCGCUUUCGGCGCAGACGGACUGCCCACCUGCGCCCCGCUUCCCCAUCCCAUGCUGAAGCUGUCCUACACCUACGAGCCCAGCAGCUCAUUGGUCAUCAUGGAGUGGAACCACACCGAGCCGCCAAUCGGAGUGCGGAUCGUCGAUUACCUCAUAAGCCAGGAGAAGGUGACGGAGAGGACCGACCACUCCAAAGUUGAGACAGAAACCCUUUUGAGCUUCGUGGACGACAUCCUGUCUGGGGCCAGAUCUCCGUGCGUGAUGUUAGGGGACAUCCCCAACAUCCUGUCCUCGUCCAUCAGCAUGAUCAUCCGCUGCCUGGACCCUGACACCACAUACAUGUUCCGGCUGUGGGCCGUAGACAACACAGGCCGCCGUUCCAGUCCAAGUGAGGUCACCAUCAAGACUCCGUGUCCAACUGUGGAUGAUGUCAAAUCUCAAGAAAUAGCCGACAAGAUCUACAACCUGUUCAAUGGUUACACCAGCGGGAAAGAGCAGCAGACGGCCUACAACACUCUGAUGGACCUGGGCGCCCCAACGCUGCACCGCGUGCUCUACCACUACAACCAGCGCUACGCGAGCUUUGGGGAAUUCACCUGGAGGUGUGAGGAUGAGCUGGGACCCAGGAAGGCCGGCCUCAUCCUCACCCAGCUCGAUGAACUGUCCCCGUGGUGUAAGGCUCUUCUUCUGGAGCAGAAGAUCGGCCUCCGCAGGAUGUCCCUCAAGUUCCUGUCCUGCCGCUACACCGACACCAAGGCCUUUGGGCUGAAUUGGUCGCACAUGGGUCAGGACGUACACAAGGCCUGCAACGAGCAGACGCUCGCAGUCAUGUAUAACGACUACGGCGAGCCCAAGGAGCUGUGAGCUGUGAGAGGGUUUUACUCCGUCAAACCCAACAAAGCAACAACUAAAAUGCAGGUUUCAUAUUUGUUUCCACGGGCUAUUUGCAUUUAUAGUGACAUCAGUAAAUUACUUGAAAUAACAACCUCUCAAGCUCUAUUUAGCAUCACCAGAUUAUUGGAAAAGGGUUUAAAUAGUUAAAUUGAACCUUACAGGUAGGAGAUGAGUCUGAUAAACAUCUAAUCAACCGGGGCUGAAAGACCAUAGCUCUUCGCUGUACUGAGUCGAUGCUGAAGUCCAUUCCGCCCUCAUGAUGAGUUGAAAUCAGCGCGUCACAAUAAUAGCCAUCCCUCCUUUAGAUGCUUAAUAAUGACAGUUUUUCUUUGUUGUACAUCAAAAUGAGAUACAAAAUGUUUACUUGGAGACCAAGUUUGCCCUUUUUAUUGGAUUGCUGUGUAAUUUUAAUAUCUGAAGUUGGCGUUUGAUGGGAAACUCUGCAAAAGCAGGAAUGAGCACAGACAGCAAUGACAAAUCGAGGCACCUGUUGCCAAGGUUGUUUAUGAUUCAAAUGCAGAAUGGCUGAAAAUGAAUCCAUCUCGCAUUCUAUGUUGACAUUAAAUGCAAGUAUGUUAAAUAAACAGAUGACUAAACAUGCAUUUUAUUUCACUGGUUGGACUCAACAAUCUUUGUUUUAAAACAGAUUUCUUCUUUUACUCUUUGUAGCAAAAAUCUGACAUUUUAAUACUUCUAAUCUAAAUGGGAAAGCGCCUGUUUAAAUCACGUCUUUGGAUAUUUUAGUGACGAAUUACAAAAUACUCUUGAUGUCAAACUUGAGGCCCAAAAACAUAUUCAAUACAGCUGUUUGGCUCAGCUGGACACAACUUCUGACCUAAAGUGAACACUUUGUUGUCUUAAAGUUGACCUGAAAAAAAAGGAUCCAGGAACCUUAGAGAUUUAAAACAUUCAUUAUGGCUUCAGUUUCGCCGGUACGUUCCGACCAUCGCUUCAUAUUUAGCUUCUGAUGCCAGUCGUACAAUUCUUUUUUUCGGAAUGACCGCACAUGUGGCAUGUGAAGUGGCCGCUGUGUUGUGUGGACAGCUUUCGCUAGUCUUCUUUCUUUUUCUUUUUACAUAUUUCAAAAUGAAGUCAGCGUGGCAAACUGGUACUUUCAAACUUGGGUGUGUCAUUGAAACCGGUGGAAAGGGGGUUACGGUUAGGGGAUUAGGGGUUAGGGUUAGGUCGAGGUUUAUCUGGACAGAUAUAUGGUUUGCUGGCAGUUAUUCUAGUCACAUAAACAUUCAAAACAAACCUUGUACAUAGAAUUCUCAUAAUGUGUUAGCGAUAUAUCCUGCUGAAUGUAGUUAUGAAUGUUUGCAUUCUUAAGAGUAGCUACAUUAAAGGAGUUUUACUGAACAACAGAGGAAGUACACAGAUGAGUUCAUUUCCUCGAAACCUUUUCUGAAAGCUGCCAAACCAUUUGACAGUAUUAACUUACGAUCUAACCGAUGAGCGCUCUUCAAAGUGGUAAAUCUGUAUUGAAACUGCAAAUUAACAGCGUCUUAAAGGGCACCUUUGCCAUUUCUUUCACGCUGGACCCUAUUUUCCCAUGUGGCCGAUGGUGGAAAUGUUGCCGAAAAGUUGAUCGUAAAAUCCCAGUCUCUUUCCGUCAAGACUAAAGCCACCCCAAACUGCUGCACUUGUCAGACGUAGGCUGGGAUCUCAAGCUUAUUUCUAAGAGGCGGUUUUUAAGAUUUAUUCACAGCGAGCAACAUUUCUCAAAAUUCGGGCUGAACAUUUGCAAACGGACCUCUGAGCCGGUUAGCCAAGAUGUAGAGAAAAGAAGUCCACAAAAAAACGUCUAAAAAAUGGGGUCCGAGUUAAAAAAGUACCCUUUAAUGUUUUCAACUGCUUUUUUGUGUAUUACAACUUAAUGCAAUAAUGUCUUUGAACGGAUUUAUUGGACAUUUCCACUAAUACUGUGCUUUUAUGGUGACGCUACUUUAACUUUUGCUCUCUGUUAUUUUUAAUCUUAGUAUUGAUGUUUGAGAUUGAUGUCAAAGAAAUGCAAAUUGUAUAUUAGCUGUUGGUUUUUAACAAAUCUCAUAUGUGAAUCCUAAAAUGAACACUUGUAGAUUUUUUUUGUAUAGGCAGCACAGAGUAUUUCAUGAAGCGCAUUAGUGUUUUUCUUCUGCAUAGAAAUAUACAACAGGCGAUAUUUUACAUUUCCUUGUGUUUCAGAACACAUAGUAUCGUCUUGUUAUAUCUGUCGUGUGGCGUAGUCUAGCAUUAUGGAUUCAUAAUUACAGUUGUGAUGUAAAGAGGGUUUUUACAGGCAACAAGGUGGAGACCUGUGGGAGAAAUGGCAACCACCAAUCUACUAUCUCUGCAUGAUAAUAUUUUGUCUAUAAUGUCUGUGACUUCAUCAUAAACUUCACUUUUUUCCCACUUUGAUCUUUGCUACUUCAAAGGACAAUAAAGAAUAUCUGACGAAAAAGUA